GGAUCCAAGUGGACGGCGAUGGAGAGGACGCUGGGUUGGAGGCACUUCCAUGUGACAGCCAAGAGGAAGGCGGCCGGUGAGACUUUUGUGUGCCUGGUGAGCACAUGCGGGCAGCACAACUCUGCAGGCGCCACUCUGUGGCUCAACAGCGCCGUGCUCAAGAGCCGGCGUGCCUGGGCCCCUGGGUGGCUGCAGCGCACUGAGAUCAAUGAGAUCACUGGGGAGACGGCUGGU